UUUGUUCAGUAAAGACUAUAGCUGAUGAAGGUCCGAGAGGAGAUCUGCUGGAUCCAUGGUCUUUAGGCUAGGAGAGCAGCUGAACAUUGAGAAGAAGAAGAAGAAGACACGGUAAAGGUCACGUCAAGUAAUAGGGAUACUCUAUUUCCGGAGAGUGAAUAGUUUUGUCUGAGACUGUGGUUCCACUGGGUUUGGAUGAGGGUAGGAGGCGUAGUGGAGAGAAAGGCGUGGCAGCCAAAGCAGGCGUGGAUGUGAAUGGAACGGAACACACCGGUGCUGCAGCAUUGAAGCGCGCUGACACAUCAACAUCAGGAAGUCCGCAGCAAACAAACCUCAUUCUUGCAAAGACUCUGCCACCCUGAAGACGACUCCUGCGAACAAGCGAGUAGCAAGACUGUGAGCUCCAAGAUGUUUGGCGCCAGCACCACCGCCGCCGCCAACUGUGUGCUGAUGGAGGAUCAGUUCCUGUGCUGCAUCUGUCUGGACGUCUUCUUCGAGCCGGUGACGCUUCCCUGCGGACACAACUUCUGCAAGGCCUGCAUCGAGAAGCACCGGGCCAUCCAGGCCAAGAACCACUGUCCCACGUGCAAGGUGGUAUUCCCUCAAAAACUGGACCUGCACAUCAACACCUUCAUCGCCCAGAUGGCCGAGCAGUUCCGAAAGUCCACACAAGUUACCGCUCCGAUCAGCAAAAGACCGGAUGUCACCUGUGAUGUCUGCGUAGGGAACAAAGCGCCAGCGUUAAAGUCCUGCCUGGUGUGCGUGGCGUCCUACUGCAAGGUCCACCUGGGGCCGCACCUGACGGCGUCGCGCCUCAUGCGACAUCAGCUGACCGAGCCGGUCCAGAACCUGGAGGGCCGCAUGUGCGUGUUGCACGACAAACCUCUGGAGCUCUUUUGCCGUAGCGACCUGAACUGCGUGUGCAUGCUGUGUUCUCUUCUGGAACACAAGAACCAUCAGGUGGUUCCGCUCAAGGAAGAGUGCGACAGAAGGAAGGCCGAGCUGUGGAAGACGGAGGCAGAGCUCACGCACUCCAUGGACUUUAGGCUCAAAAAGAGGGAGGAGUUCAGGCGCAUCGUUAAAGUCAACAAGGACGCUGCGGACAAAGAGCUAGCCCAGGGAAUGGACUUCUUCCGUUUUCUGACACAGUCUGUGGAGAAGGCCCAGGAGGAGCUGGUCCAGACCGUGGAGGCCAAGCAGAGGUGCAUUGAGGAGGAGGCCAACGUUCUGAUCCGAGAGCUGGAGAAAGAAGUCAGCAUGCUGAACAACAGGAAGUUGGAGGUGCAGCAGCUGUCACACACUAAAGAUCAACUCCACUUCCUGCAGAACCUCCGCCCUCAACCCUCACUGCGCACCAGAGACUGGACCAGGGUCCAAGUCAGUGCUCAGCCCGUUGAGGGGACCUCAAGGACCACCGUGGAGCAGCUGGAGGAGAAGCUGGGGAAACAGUUGAAGAGAGUGCUGCGGUCGGCUGAGAUGAAGCACAUGCACAAGUUCGCUGUGGACGUCACGCUGGACCCGGACACGGCUCAUCCCGCACUAAUCCUGUCCGACGACAGGAAGCAGGUCUUUCACGGCUCUGUGGACAGAGACCUCCCUAACAAUGGCAAGAGGUUCAACCCGAGCUGCUGCGUCCUCGGAAAGCAGAGGUUCUCUUCAGGAAAGUUCUACUUUGAGGUCCAUGUGGAGGGCAAGUCCAGGUGGACACUGGGCGUGGCCAAAGCGUCCAUCAAGAGGAAGGGCGUCAUCUCCAUCAGUCCAGAAAACGGCCACUGGGCCAUGUGGUUGAAAAAUGGCAACGAGUAUGCGGCUCUGGAAGGUACUCCUCGUCCUCUGGUGGUGAAGACCAAGCCCAAGCGUGUGGGAGUCUUUGUGGACUACGAUUUGGGCCGGGUCUCCUUUUACGACGUCCUCACCGGCGCUCUGAUUCACUCCUACAACGGCUGCAACUUCUCUGAAGACAUCCAGCCACUUCUCAGCCCCGGACUCAACCAUGACGGGCAAAACUCGGCACCUCUGAUACUCGGGUUGGCUAAAUACUGACGAGAACUUUAGCUUCAAUGGUGGACUCGUAUGGGUGGAGCCUCGUGGUGAUUGGCUUGUCUUGUCUUGUUCUUGACUGCUGUCUUUCCUUACAACUUUUGUAUUAUGUACAUUUUCAUGACGAGGACUCUUUUAUCAUCUGAAAAGUCUGUCAAUAAAGUUAUU